AUGCCGGCCAACGCUGCGCCAGCUCGAACAACCCUUCCUCGUUCACGAACCCCCCUUGUAGUUAGCACAAUCGUCGUCGGCAGCGUAUUUUUCAUUGGCAUGAAAUGGCGCGCUGUCAUCGCGCGAAGUGAAGCUGCUAAGCAUGCCAGCUCGAAGGACAAUCUGCACGUCGUUGCUGGCGAGAGAAGUGGCGGUGGAGUUUGA